GCGCGUGCAGCAGCUGCAGCUGCAACAGCCCCUUUCUUGUUGCUAAUUUAGAUAGUGGGGGUUAGAAACAGCAGCAGUACACGCAUGCAGCGUAUUUAAAAUACCGAUGAGCUGCAGAGACUGGAUGAGGGCAUUGCAAAGUGGCCGUUCUCAAAAAGUGGCUGCAAAGACCCAGAGGCUUGCAGCUUAGCAGUCAGGCAAAGACGAGUUGCUUUUGAUUGGCCAGCCGCUCAGGUUUCCCGGUCUCUUUCCCUAGCCAAUCGGAGAGCGCGACUUCCUGGAGGAUCGCCUACUGGGAAAGGGAGGCCUUUUUUUGCCUUUAGGGAGGGGUGAAGGCAAGGCGAAGGCGAGGAAGAAGAAGCCUUAGAAGUCGGCGCAGGGAUGGAUGUCAAACGAGUGUGCCUGCUGGCGCUUCUCCUGGCCCUGGUGCAGCUGGCUCUGUUGGCACAGUGUCAAGAGGAGGGGGAAGAGUCUGUUGCCAAAGAGGAGACUGACGAGGAGGAGGAGGAGGAGGAUGACGACGACGACGAUGAUUCUGAAGUAAAAGAGGAAAAUGGUGUAUUGGUGUUGAAUGAUGCAAACUUUGAUACUUUUGUUGAAGGCAAGGAUACUGUGCUUCUGGAGUUCUAUGCCCCAUGGUGUGGGCACUGCAAACAGUUUGCUCCAGAAUAUGAAAAAAUAGCCAAAACCCUGAAAGAAAAUGAUCCUCCUAUCCCAGUUGCCAAAAUAGAUGCUUCAUCAGCCUCUACUGUGGCAGGUCGCUUUGAUGUUAGUGGUUACCCAACCAUCAAAAUUCUGAAGAAGGGUCAGCCUGUGGAUUAUGAAGGCUCAAGAACAGAAGCAGAAAUUGUGGCUAAAGUGAAAGAAGUUUCACAGCCUGAUUGGAUCCCGCCACCUGAUGCCACAUUAGUGUUGACCAAAGAUAACUUUGAUGAAAUAGUGAAUGAGGCUGACAUAAUUCUGGUUGAAUUCUAUGCUCCAUGGUGUGGACACUGCAAAAGAUUAGCUCCAGAAUAUGAGAAAGCAGCUAAGGAGCUUAGCAAGCGUACCCCUCCUAUCCCCCUUGCUAAAGUUGAUGCUACUGCUGAAACAGAUCUUGCAAAAAGAUUUGAUGUGUCUGGAUACCCAUCUCUCAAGAUCUUCCGCAAGGGCAAACCUUUUGAGUAUAAUGGCCCAAGAGAAAAAUAUGGAAUUGUUGAUUACAUGAUAGAACAGGCUGGUCCACCAUCCAAACAAAUACAGGCUACCAAACAGGUACAAGAAUUCAUGAAAGAUGGAGAUGAUGUUAUCAUCAUUGGGGUGUUUAAAGGAGACCAAGACCCAGCCUACCAACUGUAUCAAGAUGCUGCUAACAAUCUGAGGGAAGAAUACAAGUUCCAUCACACCUUUAGCAAAGAAAUUUUAAAGUUUUUGAAAGUGGAAUCUGGGAAAGUGGUGGUGAUGCAGCCUGAAAAAUUUCAAUCAAAAUAUGAGCCUAAAAUGCAUGUUUUGGAUAUUAAAGAAUCCACUGGAGCUGAUGAAGUGAAAGCCCAUGUUUUGAAACAUGCCUUACCUCUUGUUGGUCAUCGCAAGACUGCCAAUGAUGCUAAGAGAUACACUAAGAAACCUCUGGUAGUUGUUUAUUAUACUGUAGACUUCAGUUUUGAUUAUCGUGUUGCUACUCAGUACUGGCGGAACAAAGUUUUAGAGGUGGCUAAGGACUUCCCAGAGUAUACUUUCGCAAUUGCUGAUGAAUUAGACUAUUCUUCUGAGAUGAAGGAUCUGGGACUGAUUGACAGUGGAGAGGAUGUUAAUGCUGCCAUCUUCGAUGAAGGUGGCAAGAAAUAUGCCAUGGAACCAGAAGAGUUUGACUCUGAUGUGCUGAGAGCAUUUGUUUUGUCAUUCAAAAAAGGUAAACUGAAACCCAUUGUGAAAUCCCAGCCGAUACCAAAAAAUAAUAAGGGUCCUGUGAAGAUUGUAGUUGGUAAAACAUUUGAGUCCAUAGUGAUGGAUCCAAAUGCUGAUGUUCUCAUAGAGUUCUAUGCUCCCUGGUGUGGACACUGCAAGAAACUUGAGCCCAUCUAUACUGAGCUGGGUAAAAAAUACAAGAACCAGAAAAAAUUGGUCAUCGCCAAAAUGGAUGCUACAGCCAAUGAUGUCCCCAAUGACAACUAUAAAACGGAAGGAUUCCCCACCAUCUAUUUUGCUCCCAGCAACAAGAAGAAGAAUCCUAUUAAAUUUGAAAGUGGGGAAAGAGAUCUGGAGAGCUUGAGCAAAUUCGUAGAAGAACAUGCUACCAAACUAAGCAGGACGAAAGAAGAACUUUAGGUGGAACAAGGAUUGUGCAUAAUAGUGUCAUUGCAAAGUUACUGAAAGAUUGAUUGGGGGAAAACAAUGCAGCAUUUGAAGCAAAGGGGAUUUGGGGUAGCAAAACAAUGCAGUAUGAGAUUUUUGUAUUACCAAACAAAUCUGAACACUGAACUUUUUGAUGUGAAUGUUUUUUUAUUAGUUUGUGAGUUCUGAUCAGAGAAAAAAAUACAUUAUUUUGUGACUAACUUGAGCUUGAUUCUUUUCUCCAUACUCCAAAGCAAAGCUUUAAUAAUACCUUAACAGUUAUCAAACAAAUCUUUGCCCAACAAGGUUGUUUGUGUCUGUUUAUUAGAAGGCCAGGGAUGUGUAAAUGAAGAGAACUUCUCUUGUGCUUGGCCAGACAUGUGGCAAUAAUGAACUGAUGCUUCCAGGUCUUUCACUUUGUAUGUCUACAUUCAGAACAGAAGAAUAAUUCUAAAUGAAA